AUCUGAUGUGGAUUCUUCCAAGUCAGUAUGUCACAAAAAGCAAGUGGAUAAUUGUGUAGUACAUUAAAAAAAACUAAGAGGUUUAGGUUGUUAUUAAAAAAUUGGAGAUAAGACACGCGAGACAGAGCGAUAGCACUAGAUCUUAAGCAAAGAUGUUAAUAGAAAAUGCCAGAGUGACUCUGUCAUUGAUGCCUUCUGCUUCUAGUAGCCAACGGCGUGACAUUAUUUCUUACUGUUUUUAAGUUGAGAGCAGGUGAUAAUAUAAUCAAAAAAAAUCGGAUAAUGAAGGAGUAAAAAUUAUCUAUAAAUUGAAUCCAUACAGACUAAGCUUGGCCGGAGGUGAUUAAGUGGUAAUACAAUCUCAAAGAUGGCUCUGCAGAGUAUUCCAGAAGUCAGUUUGAGCUCGGGUGAUGCAAAACGUAUGCCAGUUUUGGGACUGGGAACCUCAACUGCUCCCUUUCCAAAACCAGAAGUGGUCAUAAAGGCCGUGCUUGAAGCAAUUGAGCUUGGUUAUAGGAUGUUUGAUACUGCUAGUCUUUACCGAACAGAGGGAGCUCUUGGUGAAGCUAUAUCUCAAGCUCUUACGCUUGGCCUUAUCAGGUCUCGUGAUGAUCUUUUCAUCACGUCUAAGCUCUGGUUGACUGAUAACCAUGGGGAUCGUGUCCUCCCUGCCCUUCAAAAGACUUUACAGAAUAUGAAGUUGGACUAUCUUGAUCAGUAUCUUAUUCAUUUUCCAGCGAGCCUGAAGCCUGGAGCAAAUCCUUUUCCGCCAAAUCCCAGUGAUCUUGUUCUAAUGGACAUCAAAGCAAUUUGGACAGCCAUGGAAGAGUGCCAAACACUCGGCCUUACAAAAACAAUUGGUGUCAGUAACUUCUCUUGCAAGAAACUUUCUGAUAUUCUGGCGUUUGCCAAGAUUCCUCCAGCAGUUAAUCAAGUGGAAAUGAACCCAGCAUGGCAACAAGGGAAGCUGAAGGAGUUUUGUCAGGCGAAUGGAAUCAUGAUUGCUGCUUAUUCUCCCCUUGGAGCCGCAGGAGCCUUUUGGGGAACCAAAGAGGUGUUGGAAUCUGAGGUUCUAAUUGAAAUUGCAAAGUCGAAAGGAAAAUCUGUUGCUCAGGUGGCUUUAAGAUGGGCUUAUGAGCAAGGAAUUGUCAUUGUGAUGAAGAGCUUUAACAAAGAGAGACUAAAGCAGAAUCUUGAAAUUUUUGACUGGAGAUUGAGCGAUGUCGAGUCCAGAAAGAUUGCUGAAAUUCCUCAGAGCAGGGCAAAUCAGUGUAAGAUGUAUAUCUCUGCUACAGGUCCUAUAAAGUCACUUGAUGACAUUUGGGAUGGAGAACUUUAAGAUUUUUGUUGCAUAAAUAUAAUAAGUCAUGGCCACCAAUUGUCACUUAUUUUUCCUAAUUAUACAAGGAAAUGAUGAUUGAAUUUAAAUUCAUUUCAGCACUCAGGAUACA